AUGGCUCGUCGUGUGAUGUCGCUGAUGCUGCUGGCCGCGGCUGUGGCCGCGAUCUGCCGCAGCACCGCUUUCGUGGCUUCCCCAAAGGACGUGCCUCGUGCUGAUGUCCUGGUGCCAGCUGCCCUGGCCCCAAUGAUGUUGGCUCAGCCGGCUCUUGCUGAAGUCUCCGUGUAUGGUCUCAGCGAGUACUCCAACCCCACCUACUACGAGGAGCAGACAUCUUCCGACCUGACCUACCUGCUGUUCUUCACAGCGGCUCUCCUCGUCUACUUGGGCAAGACUGCCUUCGACAAGAGCGGCGCCAAGAGCUUGGGCGAUGCGGUGAGCAAGUGA